UUGAUUGCAGAUCACUACACUGGUCCUAUCCCAACCCAACUACAACAACAGCAGCAGCAGUCAUUACCACCAAUAUCGUUAUCGUCAACACAGUCCACUGGUAUCACUCAGCAACAACAACAACAACGACUGACUCCUGUAACACCUCGACAAAACACUACUCCAGUUGGCACCACAUCGCCGUCACCCAUCCCACAAUCGCAACUCUCAUCUACACCUUCAAAUAACGCCUCUUCUGUUGGUGGCACUGGCAGUGGUGGAGUGGCAGUGAAUGCUUCAGAAACUGGUGCGACCUCUUCUGCAGUGUCCACAUCUUCUUCAGUACAGCAACCACCUGCUGCAUCUGAAUAG